GACCGGCGAUGCUAACGGCAUGAUUAGCGUGGUUUCACCGAGCAGAUCUACGACAUCUUCCAGCUCCUUCCCCAGUCCACCCAGGUCACCCUGCUCUCUGCCACCAUGCCCCAGGAUGUCCUUGAGGUCACCACCAAGUUCAUGCGUGACCCCGUCCGUAUCCUGGUCAAGAAGCAGGAACUUACCCUCGAAGGUAUCAAGCAGUUCUACAUUGCCGUUGAGAAGGAGGAGUGGAAGCUCGACACCCUCUCCGACUUGUACGAGACUGUCACCAUCACCCAGGCCGUCAUCUUCUGCAACACCCGCCGCAAGGUCGACUGGCUCACCGACAAGCUCACCGCCCGUGACUUCACUGUCUCCGCCAUGCACGGUGACAUGGAGCAGGGCCAGCGUGAUGUUAUCAUGAAGGAGUUCCGUUCCGGAUCUUCCCGUGUCCUGAUCGCCACUGACCUUCUGGCCCGUGGUAUCGAUGUCCAGCAGGUUUCCCUGGUCAUCAACUACGAUCUCCCCGCCAACCGUGAGAACUACAUCCACCGUAUCGGUCGUGGUGGUCGUUUCGGUCGUAAGGGUGUUGCCAUCAACUUCGUCACCGCUGAUGACGUCCGUAUGAUGCGCGAGAUCGAGCAGUUCUACAGCACCCAGAUCGAGGAGAUGCCCAUGAACGUUGCUGACCUCAUCUAAACACCUUAAUUCCCGAAUCACCUCAUGCCCCUCGAUGCGGAUUACGAAUGCAGUUGCCAAUAACGCUCCAAGGGUGAGCUGCGGUGGGAAAGACGUUCUGUCA